AUGAACAGCCACCGUUCACCUGCGUUGUACUUCACUGCACAUUUGGGCUUUGUUGAUUCGAAAACCUCUCCUGGUUUGCUUGAUGGCCGAUCUGAUCCCGAGCCAUCUCAUGCCUGCGGUGAUCUAAUCCGCGAGGUUAAAAUCUCCGGAGUUGUGCCAGCCAUCGAUGUUUACAAUUGCUGGACCACCGUGCCAUUUCACCCAGCCGUUGCGACCCGCCUGAUCCAGUACUGGAACGACACUCUCCAAUUCCAAAGCACGCUUGACUAUCUCAAAACCCCCCCUCCAGGCUACCAACAGCCCCCAGUCGACUUGAUAGCUGCUCUUGGCGAGGUACAAGAUGCGGUCGACCGAAACGAAUUCGCCAACGAGUACCAAUUCGAGGCCGCUCUCCAGAAUGUGCUCUUCUCAGCAAAUGAUGCUCACCUGACCUUCUUCGGUGGGGUGCUGUCUUCGUUUAGUUUUGGAAGCUCAAACGCGCUCACUUCCCCCUCACUCGAUGGCAUUCAACUACCCAAGGUGUACUUCACCGAUGAUUUGCUUUUGCAUCAGGCUGAACCAGACCCGUCUUGGCAGCCAUCUGCAAUCCGUCAAAUCGACGGUUCCGACGCAAUCGAUUACCUCACCCGCUUUGCAGCGUUGAAUUCCUACGGGACAUCGGAACCUAAUACGGACUGGAAUCUCCUCAUGUACAACCCUGUGUUUGACUUGCCCUUCGUUGAAAGCUUUCCCUUGUGGAACGGCGACGCAACAUUUUACCCAGGGGAUAAGUUUACGUACGUAUUCGAGAAUGGGUCAACGGCUGAGGACCAAUGGCUUGCAGUAUAUCUCAAUCCUCUAGAGACAGGGCCAUUGGAGACCGGGGGCGACUUCUACAAUUUCUUCGUCUUGGGCUUCUAUCCCGCAUCGUAUGAUCCCGACGUAGACGAUUCAGAUAUCGGCGAUGCUGCAGGCGUCGCAGCGCCACCCCCAACAUCCUUGUCAGAUGAGAGCCCUGCAUUUCCGAAGGCAGAUGUCUGGCAGGCGAACCUGACUGUGGAUGGUCUCCUCACUGGAUAUUUCCUGCACGACGAAUCCCUGGCUGUAUUGAGCAUCCCCACGUUCUGGGCCGACGAAGAAGCCAUCCUGGAAUUCGACGACACUGUGCAAAGGUUUCUCAACGAGGCCAAGGCAGCCGGGAUGAGCAGGGUUUUGAUAGACCUACAGCAAAACGCUGGCGGCGAUAUCGUGCUCACGUACAGCACCUUCAAGCACUUCUUCCCAUCUAUCGAGCCCUUCGCCGGCAGCGUCAUGCGCACAAAUCCCCUUGCGGAUGUUCUGGGCACCAAAAUUACAGCUUAUUGGGACAGCUUCAACGACACCGAGAAGCAGGAUUAUUCAUACGCGUCCGCAGAUGAAUGGAUCGCCACCACUAAGACCAGUGCUGCCACAGGACAGAACUUCACCUCCUGGGAAGAACUCUUUGGACCACAAUCUGAUGGAAUCCAGAGCUUUGCGCUGACAGAGCGGUUCAACGUGUCAAACUACCUUCUUGCUGCCUCUAUGCUGGGCGAUGAAACCCCUCCUACCGUCUUGUUUGAACCAUAUGCUGGAGAUGCACCGUACGCUGCUGAAGAUAUCAUCAUGCUAUCCGAUGGCUUCUGCGCAUCAGCUUGCUCGAUCUUCAUGGAGAUGAUGGCCCACGACGCCGGUGUAAAGAACGUUGUGGUCGGCGGCCGUCCGGCAAACGGUCCAAUGCAGACCCCGAGCGGUAGCCGCGGUGCGCGCAUGUACGAUGUCCAGUCACUCGGAAUCGACGUCUACAACGCCAUUGAAAUAUCUAAGCUCGUUGACGACGACGCCGGCUCCAACGCUGCGGCACUUCUCGACCCCCUCACUUAUUCGGACUUCUCAUUCACCGGCUGA